CAGUAUAUUUUGAUAUUAUGUGCUUAAAGUGUCCCAUCAUCCCCCAACCCACUAUAUAUAAGUCAUAGUCAUAGUUACGCACGCUUGUGACGGCGUGUUGUUUUCGUACAGGAAAAGUUGUGACGCGCAAGUGUUUAAUGUGUAACAGCUUAUAUGUGUAUCUAUAACAAAAACAAUCAUAUCGUGCUGUGAUGCCGCAGUUCAUAGUUUGAUGGCUGUAUAAGUAUAGGGUUCCAUGAAAUAUUUUCGCGAACUGCAUAAGAUAGGGAAAGGAUGUGGUUAGCGAUAGCGUUCUGCAAGUUAUAGCAGGCCAUUCCAGGGUAUUGUCAUUUUUAUUCUCUUCCUAAUAAGGGAAGUUUCAUUUUACGCGUAAGCAUAUUGACGCAUGCACGCCGCCAACUCUAUUUUAAUAAACAUUCCCCCGACCCCAUGCCUGUAUGACCAGCUUUGUUAUUUCGUUUCCAGCUAAGUCUCAAAACGUGAUGGGACACUUGCGUACGGGCCGAUAUUUUUAGUCGCGGCUGCUGUCGAAUUAUCUUAGAAAUUAAAUUUGUUGUCAAAUUAAUUUCAAGGCAGAUCGCGGCAACCAGCGUGUAAUGGAAGCGUAAUUGAAUUAUUACAUAGUUGUUUUUUUGUUCCGUACAGGCCCGACAAGUUAAAUAAUUUAUUGCAGAUCGCUUACAGGAACAAAAACGGUAUUUUUUCUGAGUCAGUUGUACGCAGCAGUUGGCGCGUGUGUAGGCGGAAGUGGUGCUUUGCAAUACAUUAAACCUUUUUUGUCAUAUUUUUUUUUAAAACUUGUACUUAAGCGAAGUGCAAAACGUUGGAGCGAAUGUGUGGCAAGUUUUAUUUAUGCGAACUUCGUAGAUACGUAUACAGAAUAUAAGGCGAUGUUAGAACUAGUAUUGAUAUAUGUAAGUUUUGUUGUUCUGGGUCAUUGCAACGUCCAACCGAACAAAACAAUGGAUUACAACGGCACAACAGUUCUAUUUUUUCUACAAGAAAAGAGUUUUUCGGAAGCCAACCAACUUUGUCAAAUUCACCACAACGCCUCACUGGUGUUUGUCAAAAACGAGCAAAUUCAGAUGGCGAUUUCAAACGAGUUAAAUAAUUUCACAUAUGAAAACCCAUCCUUCCGGCUAAAGCCGUACCACACUCUGUUCUGGGUAGGGGCCAAGGCCAUUGCGUCGCGGCCCAGUUGUUGGCAUUGGUUGGAUGGUAGUACUCUUUCAAAUGGGAAGCGCUAUGGACAGCGGCAUCGGCAAUACCACAACUGGUUUUUGCACGAACCAAGUUAUGGCAAGAUUAACACCGAGUAUUGCCUUGGAUUAACCGCAAAUAAUAGAAAUCUUUCCGGGCGACAAUUUCCAGAAAAACGGGGUGGAUGGGUAGAUGACGAAUGUACUAAGAAAAAAUACUUUAUUUGCCGAACAGGCCAGCAGAUUCCAAGCAACGUACAAAAUGACGAGUGUGUUUGUGAAUACGGAUACUACCAUGAUGGAUCAACCUGCGCAGUUGAUCCUUGCUUUGGCAUGCAAUGUGGUGUAAAUUCUGACUGUGUGCGGUUUGAAGGCUGCGUUUGCCAACGAGGCUUUGAAACAGAACCUUUGACACAGCAGUGUGUAGAUAUUGAUGAAUGUCUUCCCAAAAGGCUUGACUGCCCAUCAUACACAGUUUGUGUUAACACUGCUGGAAGCUUUAGUUGCGAAUGUACUACUGGAUUUCAGCGUUUUGGUUCUCAUUGCUCGGACAUUGAUGAGUGCAGUACUAACAACUCAUGCUCUGAAAACUCUGAUUGCACAAACACAAAUGGAAGUUACAAUUGCCAGUGUCAUAGAGGAUAUUCUGGUAAUGGAAAAACAUGUGCAGACAUUAAUGAGUGUGAAAAUGGUGAAGAUAUUUGUCAUCAAAAUGCUGACUGCAUAAACACCAAUGGCAGUUUUAGUUGCGAAUGCAAAACUGGCUACAGUGGCAAUGGGUCCAUAUGUUAUGAUUUAGAUGAGUGUGCAGCCAUGACAAAUGCAUGUCAAUCAAACGAGAUUUGUAACAACACUGAGGGAAGCUAUACGUGUCAUUGUGUUCAAGGUUUCGAAAGGAGUGGAAAUCAAUGUAUUGAUAUUAACGAAUGUGAAGGAACAACAGUUUGUCCUCAUUUUGCAACAUGUCAUAACACCGUGGGUGGAUUUCAUUGCAACUGCAGCAUCACCCAUUAUAUGGAUGGUGACAACCAAUGUAUUGAAAAGAGCUUAGCUUGUAGUAAUGACUCACAAUGUGCGGGAAAUGCUACCUGUAUGGAUUCUUCUAGUGGAAAGUUUUGUGAGUGCAACCAUGGAUAUGAUGGCUUUCCUGUUUACAAAUGCAUUGAUUUCUGUGAGCCCGGAAAUGUUGAAGGAUUUAAUUUUCCAAGAACAAGAGUUGACACGACUGCUUUCUCCACACAACUUUGUCCGAAAGGAUUUCCAAUGGCAUCAGCCGUAUGUAAUGUAAAAGCAACUGAAACCGAUAUUGUGUCACUAUUUUCCAUCAAAGUACAAAUCCCAUGCAAUACAACUCUAGCAUCAUCUAUAAUUCUGACAAAUAACAUAACAAGCCAGCAAUUGGAGUCCCACACUGCUGUCGUACAACUUCUGGCUUCUAAUUCAUCAAAUUUAAGUAACAAAGACACAAACUUAAUCGUUGACUAUCUUUCCACUAUACAAGAAUCAGCAGAAAGCAAUCAACUUAAGAUAAAAACUGAGGCAUUUAAGUCUGUAGUCUCAAUCUCAGUGUCUGUAGCAGAAGGCUUAGGAACAAAUAUUACCCCAAAAAACGAAGCAAUAAAUUUGAAACAAAGGGUUGCGAAAGCUUUUUCGUCUAUGACGCAAACUGUAAUCUUGGAAAACGAAGUUUUGGGUUUGGAAAAUGAUGUUUUAUCUUUAAUGGUUUCCGACCAACUCUCCAAUCUUUCUAUCUCGUUUUCGCCGGAAAUUAUUGGCAGUGUUGCCAGACCUGUAAAAAUAGUGUUGCCAGCUGCUGCAUUGAAGUCUGUAGUUAAAAAAAAGGUGAAGCGCAGCACUGGAGUGGGAAGUGUGAGGUCUUCCUUUGUAUGGUAUCGGAAAAACUUGCUUUUUGAUUCACCAGAAAAUGCUACUUCUAUCGUAUCAGCGGACCUUGGUUUAAACAUUUCAAUUAACAAUCUGCCGGAACCUGUUGUCAUCGAACAUGAUGGUGUGUUUGCCAAACAUGGACUUUCUCCAGCAAAUAAGCAAUCUCUGACAGUGAAUAAAACACAAUUAUCUUGUGUGUAUUGGGACUUUGAUACAGGAGGUUGGGAAACUGCUGGUUGUUGGUUGAAUUACACAUCGGAUAAACCAGUUUGCUUGUGCAGCCAUCUCACAAAUUUUGCUUUAUUAGUGACCACUAUACAAGUACCUUCUGGGACAGCAUUAUCCGUUGUGAGUGACAUUGGAUGUGUAAUAUCUAUAGUUGGUUUAUUUUUAACAAUCAUAGCACACUUGUUACAUCGUGAUACCCGCAACAGGCGUCCAGCUAAGAUUCUACUGAACAUCUGCAGUAACUUGCUUAUUGCUUACUUCAUAUUUGUGGUGGGCGUGUCGCAAACAUCAAAUCGAACCGGGUGCAAAGUAGUUGCUGUGUUGCUGCAUUACUUCUUUCUAACCACGUGGUGCUGGAUGUCUGUAUACAGCUAUGACAUGUACAUGUCACUUGUUAAGGUGUUUCAUAAAAGUCAGCAUCAGUUUUUACAACGGACAUCACUUUUUGCAUACGUGGUACCGUUUGUUAUUGUUGUAAUAUCUGCCAGUGUUACUAUGGGAUACUUAGACCUUCAAAAUGAG